CCAGGACUUUGGUCAAUCAACCUGAGCUCGCCACACACCUCUGAUACACACCCAAUAUCAUGGACAGGACUCCUCUCUCUUCUCGUCCGCUGGACAAGCUCUGGUUCUUGUGGUUUGUGAUUCACAUCCCCUUGACUGCCGUGAUCGACGGCCAAGCGAUCUACCCUCGACACCUCGUUCCCGGCUUUAUCCGCUCGCUUUACCUUCAAGCGCUCGAAUUCAGUAAAGACACCUUGAUGCUCGGCAUGGAGAAGCAAGAUCCGAGCUUGUUCUGGUUCAAGGGGUUCAUCUGCCUCGAGGUAUUCUUCCAACUCCCGCUCUUCUUCGUCGGUGCCUAUUGUCUCUACUACAACAUCAAGAGCAUUUACCCCCUCCUCCUGAUCUACUCGGCCUCGGUCUGCACGACCCUCCUCCCCUGCCUCCAACACAUCAUCUCUCCGCCACCCACCUUGCCCCGCCCAACUAAUUUCCAACUGGUCUUCGGCCUGGGGACGUACAUCCCGUUCUUCUUGUUGCCGUUCGGAAUGAUGCUAGACAUGGCGAGCAGGUUGGGCAAAGCGCUCGAGCGGGACGAAAAGAGGGCUGCAGGGAAGAAGAGGGCGUAGAGGGGGGAACAUGGACGACCUGGCAGCAUUUACCUCACAUCAAGAUAGAAAGACAGACAG